AAUCUGUGUAGCGAGGGGAUUGUAUUUACCGGCAUUUGAUCAAGGUGCAAGGGAAUAUUCGAUGCCGGCAGUUCCACGUUCUCGCCGCAUUCAAGCUCGUCGUUCGUAAUCUGCAGAAAGGGCUUCUGUCCGUUCUUACCAGUUACCACAGAAGCAUACUCAGGAUGUACGAGGAAGCACUGCCAAUCGCUGGUCGCCCCGAGAAACACCAUGUGCAGACGACGUUCAAUUACUGGGACGACCCGGGAGAUGGUUCCAAGCCGACCCCGAUAGUCAUCGGAGGAGGCAGGAUAUCGAACAGGCGCCCUCAUCUUCCUCACGAUUUCGUUGUCACGGACAUAUCUGGCGAUGAGGAUAAGUACACCCUUGACGGCCACGGGUUUCAAUACUGCCGCCACAAGAGCCUCGAGAAAGACUUCGUCGAUGAGCAUGCCAUACAGACGCUGUACUAUGACGAAUGUCGGCAACUGCUCAAGGAAGUUACCGGAGCUUCUCGGGUUUAUAUCUUCAACCACAAAGUUCGUCGCGGACCGACGCAGUGGCACCAUCUAGGGUUCAGUAACCUUGCCAAUCGGGGCCCUGUGACCCGAACGCACGUGGAUCAAUCGUACGAUGGAGCAGAAUUGAGGCUACGAUGGGAGUUUCCAGAGAAAGCAGACGAAUUGGUGAAAAGGAGGUACCAGAUCAUCAACGUAUGGAGGCCCAUCGCAACAAUCUUGAAAGACCCCAUUGCGACGGCGGAUUCGACUUCAGUCCCAGAUGAUGAUCUUGUCGCAGCAGAUAUGACCGAGGACGGUUUUCAAGGAGAGCAGUGGGUCGUACGACACAAUCCAGCUCAUCGCUGGUACUACAAGAACCAAUUGACGCCCGAUGAAGUGCUCUUGAUCAAGUGCUUUGAUUCCAAUACAUCGGUAGCACGAAGAUCGCUUCAUUCCGCCUUCGAGGAUGCAGCUCAUCGCGACAAGGAGCCUCGGCAAAGUAUUGAACUAGUUCUUGGAAGCGCAAGUUCUACUUUCUUGUUGGUAUCUCUGCGACAACCAGAUAUUGAUAAGUUGAGGGGUAGUGACCAUCCUACCGAUAUUAUUGCUAUGUACCAUCCAAGAUAG